AUGAGCUCGAAAUCAUUUGAAAUAUGUUUAGUCAACAAAGAUCAUGAAAUUAGGUUUCAAUUAGCUUGGUUUACGAUCUUUGAGAACUUAUUUUGUAUUAAGGAAGCAGCAAUUAAGAAGAAAAUCAUGUUUGUUAUUUAGUCAAAAAGAAUUUCAUCUUAUUUCCAAACAGCAUAACAUUAUUGA